GAGUUCAACUCAGGACCCCCCCCACAAUCUCUCCUUUUUGUUUCCCCAAUUAUCAUCUUCUUCAUCCAGAUAAACCUCAAAGUUCUCAUCUUUUCAUGGCACAGAAGCUUGUUUCUUUCUUGACUUUCAUUUUUCUCUGCAUCCCUGUUUUUUCCCAGGAACACCUAUUUUUUAAUGGCUUCAAUAGUGCAGGUGAUAGUAUGAGCCUGAAUGGAGCUGCAGAGAUUGAAGACAAUGGCAUAAUUCGUUUAACCAAUGCCACUUAUCGCGUACUUGGUCAUGCUUUCUACUCCUCUCCCAUCAAAUUCAAAAACUCCACCGACAGUAAAGCUUUCUCCUUUUCUACAGCUUUUGCUUUCGCCAUGGUUCCUCAGCACCCGCUUUAUGGUGGCCAUGGUCUUGCCUUCACCAUCUCUCCGUCCAAAGACCUCGCCGGCGCUCUUCCAAAUGAGUUCCUGGGCCUUUUCAAUGCCAGCAGCAAUGGGAAUUUCAAAGACCAUAUUUUUGCAGUCGAGUUUGAUACAGUAGUAGAUCCUGAUUUUCAGGAUAUCGAUAAUAACCAUGUGGGAAUUGAUCUCAAUGGUUUGGUAUCAAACACUUCUGCUACGGCAGGUUAUUUUCUCGAAAAUUCGACAAAACAAGAGCUGAAGUUGACGAGUGGGAAGGUGUUUCAAGCCUGGAUUGACUAUGAUUCUGUCAAGAACCGACUGGAUGUAAAGCUUUCUCCUUUCUCUGAAAAACCGAAUUCUUCUCUGUUAUCCUUUGAUGUGGAUCUCUCCUCAAUUCUCUUGGAUACCAUGUAUGUGGGGUUUUCUUCUUCAACAGGCCAGCUUUCAAGCUCACACUACCUCUUGGGUUGGAGUUUCAACAUGAGUGGAGAAGCAAGGUCUCUAUCUCUACCAGCUCUGCCUUCUCUUCCCAGACACAAAAAGGAUCAGACUCUGUUAAUUGUUCUCCCUUCUCUUUCCCUUGCUUUUCUGAUUAUUUCCGCCAUUGCUGUAUCAAUUUACAUCAUCAGGAAGAUUAAAAACACAGACAAGAUUGAAGCAUGGGAACUGGAUGUUGGUCCUCACAGAUUCCCUUACCAGGAGCUCAAGAAAGCAACAGCGGGUUUCAGAGACAAGGAGCUGCUGGGGUUUGGUGGAUUUGGGAGGGUUUACAAAGGAACUCUGCCGACUACGAAUACCCAAGUUGCUGUCAAGCGAAUUUCGCAUGAAUCAAAACAGGGUAUGAGGGAAUUUAUGACUGAGAUCAAUAGCAUCGGUAAGCUUCGCCACCGGAAUCUUGUUCAGCUUCUGGGGUGGUGUCGCCGGCGAGCGGAUCUGUUGCUUGUUUAUGAUUUUAUGCCUAAUGGAAGCUUGGACAAGCACCUGUUUGAUGAACCCAAAAAUGUUCUGAGCUGGGAACAGAGGUUCAAGAUCAUCAAAGAUGUGGCUUCGGGCCUUCUGUAUCUUCAUGAAGAAUGGGAACAGACUGUGAUUCAUCGGGACAUCAAGGCCGGCAAUGUGCUGCUGGAUUCCGAGCUAAAUGGGAAGCUUGGGGAUUUUGGUCUAGCAAAGUUGUAUGAGCGUGGCGCAAACCCUAGCACCACCAGAGUGGUAGGCACGUUGGGUUACUUAGCACCGGAGCUUACACGGACCGGCAAGCCUAAUACGAGUUCUGAUGUGUUUGCAUUUGGCGCUCUUUUGCUUGAAGUUGUAUGUGGCCGGAGACCAAAUGAGCCCAAGGCGUUACCGGAAGAGCUCAUUCUGUUGGACUGGGUGUGGGAGAGGUGGCAAAGUGGAGCAGUUCUUGAUGUGGUUGACAAGAAAUUGAACGGUAAGUUUGACGAGCUUGAGGCCGUUACGGUGGUGAAACUGGGGUUAAUGUGCUCAAACAAUGUACCGGAGGCAAGACCAACAAUGCGGCAAGCAGUGAUGUACUUGGAAGGAGAUCUAGCAUUGCCUGAGGAAAUAGAGACGCCUGGUGGAUAUGAAGUGACGAAGGGUAGUGCUAGAAGCGGCACAAGCUUUGAUGAUUAUGUGCGUUCCUAUCGAGUUUCGUCAUAUUUUGAGCAGGUGAACACAGGGUCAUACGCCUGUGAUGAUAAGGAUCUUGAUGUCGAAGCUGGUUCAACAAUGUCCCCUAUCUCACUUAUAGUUUCAGAUAGCGGAGAUGUGAGAUAGCCUUGGCGCCUGAAUUCUUCGAGCUUGUUACAUUUUUUCUGUUCAAUAGUAAUCACGGAAAGACACCUACGUUUCCUGUAAAUUAACCAGAAGAAAUUGCCUAUUACAUUCAUUGUGAACAUGGAAAUGCAGGAAUUGCCAGAAAAGAUUAUAUGUAACAUGGAUUAUCCUAAGAAACAUUUUAUUUUGAA